CGAUGUUGGUGUCAGGUGCGCGACGGACGUCGUACCCCGGCGCGGGAGCACAUAGCUCCGAUCUAAACUUUUCGAGUGCAAACUCUUCCCAAUUUGAGGAGGUGGACAGCGGCGGCGGUGGCUCGGCCGAAGUAAUGGUGUACUCUCUUGGCUGGGGCAUGGGGGAGCCGGAGCGGCGCGGCGCGGACCGCAAGCGCGGCCAGCCGGCGCCGGUCACCGUCGUACACACGCCGCUCUCACCUGACGAAGGACAUGAAGUCGACGUUCUGCCCUUACACAAUCAGGUGGGGGGCCACACUAGACUGUUGGUGCUAAACGACAGUACAGUAAUCAAGCCGCUCAAUAUUCGCGAGUUGCAUUUCUACCAGAACAUUCCCGAAGACAUCCAGAACUUCGUACCCAGAUACAAAGGCGUGAUGCAGGCGUCUAACACUGGAGGGCCCAAAUUGGACAAGCGGUACUCGCCUUGUUUCCGAGACGAGAACGGGCGCAAGCAGUCGCUGGGCGGCAAGCGCAAGCGCGACGACGUGUUCAAAUUCAAGGUACAUCGAAAUGGAAAUGCAAGCGAGGUACUUAAAAGCAUUGCACAUAUGGACAAUUCAAAUAAGCAGUAUUUCUUGAUGAUGGAGAAUAUCACAUCUUCGUAUCGGCGGCCGUGCGUGCUGGACCUGAAGAUGGGCACGCGGCAGCACGGCGACGACGCCUCCGCGGAGAAGCGCAGCAAACAGAUCGCCAAGUGCGCCGCCAGCACGUCCGCCACGCUCGGCGUGCGCCUCUGUGGCAUGCAGGUGUACGUGCCCGAGACCGGCGCCUGCGUGCGCCGCGACAAGUACUGGGGCCGCGCGCUCAGCGAGAGCGGGCUGCGCGAGGCGCUGCGGGACUUCUUCGCGGCCGGCGCGGGCCUGCGCGCGCGCGUCGUGCGCCAGGUGCUGCGCGACCUCGAUGCACUGCGCAGAGCCAUCGCCAAGCAAACUAGUUAUAGGUUCUACUCAUGCUCAUUGCUGAUAGUAUACGAAGGUGACGUGGAGACAGCGCUGGCCGAGGAGGCACGCGGCGUUACUUCUGAGUACGACGCGGAUGCGUCCAGUAGCUCGGCGGAGUUGGCACCGUCGCCGGGCCACUUCGACAUGUCCACGUUGCACGACGAGAUCUCAACGGAGCCAGGCGCGCGCGAGCCCUUCCGGCCGCACUCCGAGGAGACCAUGGGAGGCUACGAGGACGGGGAGGUAGCGGGGCACUCGCCGCGCCGCCAGCCGCCCAGCCCCGACUCGGCCGACAGCUGGAUGGCGUACUCGUCCACCAGCAGCGAGUCGUGGCGCGGCGAGGCCGAGGCGGAGCCCGAGCCGGGCAGCGGCAAGCGCGCGCGUACGUGGGCGCCGCGGCCGGCGCGGCCCCCGCCCGACGAGCGCGUGGACAUCCGCAUGAUCGACUUCGCGCACACGGCGUACGCGGGCGCCGCGGCCGAGUCGCCGCUGGCCACCAGCACGCCGCACCACGGGCCCGACUGCGGCUUCCUCACCGGCAUCGACAGCCUCAAGCGACUGCUCACAGAGAUCCUGCCGCCGCAGCCCUACAGUUAAUGAGGCGCCGCUCGGCCCGGGGGGCCUCUCCCUAGAAAAAAACGUUAAAAAUUACCCUCCUUUCGGACGAAAUUCUGAGAGAGCUGUGAUCGCGUCGGACGCUGUGCGGUCGGGGCGGCGCCCUCGCGCCCGCCCCGCAGUGGAAAUCUUUCGGAAGUACGUUUAAGUUCGCCGGUGGUGAGUUUCGAUGUUGUUGAAAUGUAUAUUAUAUUUGAAUGUAAAAACUAUUUUCCUCAAAAAUUUACCGUUCGACUGAUGUAACUUUAAAAGUAGACAAAUUACUAACAAGUCGCUGUGUAUUUACAUAAAAAGGACAUACGCAGGGUAUUUUCCAUUUGUACGUUUCGUGGCUGAGUGAGCGAUUUAAGUAACGAUUCUUUUUAUGUAAUUGCAUAGUGAUAAUAUCGCACUUAGUGAAUGUUGGCGGUACAAACUAUGUUAAUUUAAUGUUUAAAACUAUUAUAAUUUGAUGUGGGACCCAGUAGGUAUUCUUAAAAUGUGUAUUUGUAAGUAUUACUGUUAAGUUAUUCCAGAUUGACGUGCUUUGAGUUGUUCUCCUAGCUUAUAAUUGAUUUCCGAAUGAGUGCUGAUCAAUGUGAUUACCUGUAAAUUGACAUUAGACAUUCCCUGUCUGUAGCGGUGGGCGCACCGCGCAAGGCGUGUUGUAACGUUGUAACAGUACCACACGGCACUCGAGCCACGAGUCCCUCUCAACUAUUCUACACUUUGAAGCUCGCUUUAGAUUUGAUGUUUUCAUGUAACAGUGUAUUACUGGUUUAGGUCCAGGUGUUAAUUAUUCGACCCAGUCAGUCAGUCAGUAAUGCCAAAAUACUAUUGUAAUAUUUAUAAAGACCAGAACAUGGUUUCCAUAGUAGAAAAUGAAAAUUUUAUUAUUGGUGUUUAGAAUUUAAAUAGUUGGUUAAGUGUCGAUUCAAAGUUUGUGACUUAUACAAAUCAUUUGACUAUUGUUGUGUGACUUGCGUUUAAUAUAAACAUUAUAUUAUUUAGCUGAACAUCUUGUACGUGUCUGCGAUGUCACGAGCAUGUGGCGCACAUCUCGGACAAAAUGAAGUAAUUAUAUUUCCGCCAACAGUAUUAUAAUGUUGUAGCUGCCAUUUAGUAAGCGUAACCAUUGUGACCAACGACCAUGUCGAUCGGUUGCGGUACGAGAGACGUUUGUGGAUGUGAUCUGCAUGUGGGCGUAUUGCGUAUUACGGUGCCCGUUCGUAAUUACGAUGCCGGAGGUUAUAAAUGAAUCUAUAAAAAUUGGACGCCAUGUGUUGAGUAUUCAAAGUGGGUCGGUGUAUCGGCUAGUUCAGCGCACGGCCGACGGAUGUGUGCACUAGCGACACUAGUUAGCCAACAUUCCUUCGUGCUGCAUUCGUCAUUGUUUGUCCUUAUACUUUAUAAUUUUUUUAUUAGUGGGAUAAAUUUUUGAAAAGUACCUGGUUUAAUUAGGAUGCUAGGUUGUAUUGCAAAUUAUCAUUUAUGUCUGUUAUUUUAAAUAACUGUAUGACACUAUUUUGUUAAAUAAAUUUUAGGUAUUAA